GUAUGUCUUACAGGAAUUAGUGGAGACAGAACGAGAUUAUGUGAGAGAUCUUGGCUAUGUAGUAGAGGGUUAUAUGGCACUCAUGAAAGAAGAUGGUGUUCCUGAUGACAUGAAAGGAAAAGACAAAAUUGUGUUUGGCAACAUUCAUCAAAUAUAUGACUGGCACAGAGAUUUCUUUUUAGGAGAAUUAGAGAAGUGCCUUGAGGAUCCAGAAAAAUUAGGAUCACUUUUUGUUAAACAUGAGAGAAGAUUGCACAUGUAUAUAGUUUAUUGCCAAAAUAAACCAAAGUCUGAGCAUAUUGUCUCAGAGUACAUUGAUACAUUUUUUGAGGACCUGAAGCAACGUUUGGGUCAUAGACUUCAGCUCACAGAUUUGCUGAUAAAACCAGUGCAAAGAAUUAUGAAGUAUCAAUUGUUACUAAAGGAUUUCCUCAAAUACUCUAAAAAAGCAAAUCUUGAUACAACAGAAUUAGAGAGAGCCGUAGAAGUAAUGUGCAUUGUUCCAAAACGGUGCAAUGACAUGAUGAAUGUUGGUCGUUUACAAGGAUUUGAUGGUAAAAUCGUUGCACAGGGUAAGCUGUUGCUGCAAGAUACAUUCAUGGUUAUGGACCAAGAUACAGGGCUCUUGCCACGUUGCAAGGAAAGACGUGUCUUCCUCUUUGAGCAGAUUGUGAUAUUCAGUGAGCCUCUGGAUAAAAAGAAAGGUUUCUCAACACCAGGAUUCUUAUUUAAAAACAGUAUCAAGGUUU